UUGUGUCUCUCCUUUCUCUUCCAUUAACUCUCUCUCCCCCUCUCUACACUUCUCAAUUCAAACAAUCAAGAAGUUCGUUAGUUUCUUGGAGCUCAUUACAAUGGGUAGAACACCAUGUUGUGACAAAAAUGGGCUGAAGAAAGGCCCCUGGACUCAAGAGGAAGAUCAGAAGCUCCUUGAUUACAUCCAAAAACAUGGUUAUGGCAAUUGGAGGACACUCCCCAAGAAUGCUGGGCUACAAAGGUGUGGAAAGAGUUGCCGGCUUCGUUGGACAAACUAUCUGCGACCAGAUAUCAAGAGAGGCAGGUUUUCAUUUGAAGAAGAGGAGACAAUCAUUCAGCUUCACAGUGUAUUAGGAAAUAAGUGGUCUGCUAUUGCGGCACGCUUGCCAGGAAGAACCGACAACGAAAUCAAGAACUACUGGAACACCCACAUUAGAAAAAGACUAUUGAGAAUGGGAAUUGAUCCUGUGACUCACAGUCCACGACUUGAUCUCCUAGACCUCUCAUCGAUUCUAAGUUCAUCUCUCUACCAUUCAUCCCAAAUGAACAUUUCCAGGAUGCUUGGAGUCCAACCUCUAGUGAAUCCUGAGCUUCUUAAGCUAGCAACCUCUCUAAUGCAAUCACAGGAACAAGAAAAACCAAACCUCGGCGUUCCUCAAACUGAUCAACAGAAUCAUCACCUUGUCCCAAACCAGUAUCAAUCUUUGAUCCAACCAAACCAAAUUGUUCAAAAUAUUAAUCCACCUUGCAGCAUGUCGAAUACUAGUACUACUUGUGUACCUAAUUUUUCUAAUGUGGAGCAAUUCUCAUCAAGCUUCGACAUUUUUAGUUCCCAAAAUUCUCCACUGAGUGACUGGCAAAACAAUGGGGAUUGUGUGCCUGCAUCUCUACCAAAUUACAGCUACUAUUGUACUUCCGAUCAAGGUACAACGAUCGUGGACCCUUCGCCGGAUACUUCGUCGACUUUUAUGUCCAACAGCAGUGACCAGAGUUUCAGCUUUGCGUCAGUUUUAUCGACACCUUCAGCGAGUCCAACUCCGUUGAAUUCCUACUCAACGACGACGUACGUCAACACCACUGAAGAUGAGAGGGAAAGCUAUUGCGGUAACAUGAACAUGUUGAAGUUUGAAAUCCAAGAUGUUUUGGAUAUUAAUGACUACAUGUACAUGUUGUAAUAAAGGUAAAGAAUGACUUGUGCACAAAGUUCUCGCAGUGGACAGUAUUGGAGAUGCAUAAGAUGUAUGCACAUCUUAUGCUCGCAUAUUUGGACAACAUGUUUCCAAGAAUAUUACAUGUAAUAUUGUAUCAAAAUCAAUGUGAAACUGAUCGAAGCGUACUUUAAUUUAAUUUAAUUUGAUUUUCUUCUCACAACUUCUAGUAGUGUUGUACUCGGUGUUAUUGAUACUUUGUAAAUCUCAAAUGCUAGUUAAUAAUUGAUUUGUAGCAAUAGUAUAUUAGUAUUCUUAAUUACAUUUAGGUUACCAUUUCAAGAAGCAAGCUCAUGUCAUUUGCUCUUUUUUU